CCAGUUGGUGUUCGAAACAUCCCACCUCCUGGUUUUCAACAGCAGCAGCCUCAACCAGAGAAGAAGCCCCAGCUGGAGGAGUUGAUUUUGGCUCAUAUGCAGAAAACAGACAAUAAUUUCAAGGGAUUGAUCAAUUUUUCACUCAACAGCUAGCCAUCAACAAUAAUAUGCAAUCAUCUAUGCUAGCUAUGGAGAGGCAAAUAAGCCAGAUGGCUCAAACUUUGGCAGAUAUUCAGGGUAGGAUUCCAGGGACUUUACCAGCAAAUACUGAGAGGAAUCCGAAGGACGCCAUGGUUGUAGCAGUCACAUUGAGGAGUGGGAAGGAGUUGGAGGAUCCAAAGAGAAAGAAAAAUCCGGUAGAAAAGGAGAGCAAAGCAGCUGCAGAGGAAGAAAGUGCAAAAGCUGAAAAAUCUGACUUGCACAUGCAAACUGCAUGCAAUCUGCCUGUGCAUGAGCAUUCUGCCUGUGCAACUCCAAAAGUGGAAAAACUCAAGAAUGAAGAGGUAAAGCCUUAUGAACCUCCCGCACCCUUCCCUCAGAGGUUAAUGAAGCCCAUGGAAGACCCAAACUUCAAGAAAUUUGUGAAUCUCUUCAAGCAACUUCAUAUCAACAUACCGUUGGCGGAGGCACUUGAACAGAUGCCUACAUAUGCUAAAUUCUUAAGGGAGUUGCUGACAAAGAAGCGUAAAUGGGCUGAUCUAGAGAAGGUAACCCUUACUUCUGAAUGUAGUGCUGUGAUUCAAAAUAAAUUACCAGAAAAGAGGGAUGAUCCAGGAAGCUUCACCAUUCUAUGUAUCAUUGGAGGUACAGAGUUCGAUAAAUCACUUUGUGAUCUUGGAGCAGGAAUUAAUUUGAUGCCAUACUCAGUCUACAAGAAAUUGGGAUUGGGGGAUGUUCUUAAGCCUACUCGGAUCACUCUCCAAUUGGCCGAUCGAUCAGUGAAAAUUCCAAAGGGAGUGGUGGAGAAUGUAUUGGUGAAGGUGGGGAAGUUUAUUCUCCCUACAGAUUUUGUGAUUCUGGAGAUGGAAGAAGAUCGGGGAGUGCCUCUCAUUCUUGGUAGACCUUUUCUAGCCACUGGCGAUGCACUCAUCGAUGUUUGGAGAGGCAAGUUGACAUUCCGAGUAGGUAAAGAGGAGGAAAUUUUAAUGUCUUUCAAGUUGACCAUAAUCACGAUGCAUUUGAUGACUUUGAAAGUGGAGCUCGAGAAAGGAAAAAUUCCUCUUCCUGUGAUAGUGGACCACCCAAAGAACUAUCACAUGUCCUAGCAGCUCAAAGUCUGAAAUCAAAGCAAGGGCAGAAAUCCUUGCCAGGGCACCUCAAGUAUAGAUAUUUGGGUAAAGAUUUCAAUCUUCCUGUUAUCAUUCCUUCUUCACUGACAUUGAAACAGGAAGAGUACUUGCUUGAGGCGCUGCAAUACCACCUACGCCUCACUAAGGAGUUCAACAUGCAAGCUAAGAAGGUCAUACCCAAUUUUCGCACACCUGGCCCUGCAGAGGUGACUCAUAUGUUGGAUGGAGGUUAUACGUUCUAUCAUUGCUCGGGAGGGUAUUCUGGAUACCUUUCCAUACCCAUUGGUUGAAAGCUCCAUAAACGUCAAGCUGAGGA